CAUCGCUUUCUUCUCUUCAAAGCUCAAACAAUCUCAACAAUGGCCAACACUCAAGUUUACCUCAAGGAUGCCCGCUACGGCAAGGACCUCGUCCGCUUCAUGCGUGUCUACCGCAACGGUCCCCAGCAAGUCUGCUCUGAGCUCACCGUGAGAUUGUUGUUGGAAGGUGACAUCGAAACCUCCUACACCAAGGCUGACAACUCCGUUGUCGUCCCCACCGAUACCUGCAAGAACACCGUCAACGUCUUGGGCAAGCGAAGCAAGAACUGCGAAAACAUCGAAGUCUUCGGUCAGGAAAUCACUGAACACAUGUUGAAGAUGUACGGUCACAUCUCUGGUGUCAUUGUCGAAAUCCUCAAGCACAAGUGGACCCGCAUGAUCGUCGAUGGCAAGCCCCACCCCCACUCCUUCGUCCGUGAUGGUGAGGAACUCUCCACCACCCGUGUCUACCACCAGCGUGCCGGUAACAAGGUUACCAUCACCUCUGGCUUGAAGAACUUGUUGGUCCUCAAGACCACCGGCUCUGCUUUCCACGGUUUCCACAUGUGCGAGUACACCACCCUCCCCGAAGUCUGGGACCGUAUCUUCUCCACUGCCAUUGACUGCAAGUGGACCUUCGAAUCCCACAACCCCUCCGUCUUGCGCCGUAUCAACUACCAGGCCAUCCACGAAGGUGUCAAGGAAAUCACCAUGGCCACUUUCGCCAACGACGACUCCGCCUCCGUCCAGGCCACUAUGUACUUGAUGCAACAGCAAAUUUUGGGCCGGUUCCCAGAAGUUGCUGAAAUCGAGUACACCUUGCCCAACAAGCACUACGUCCAAAUCGACUUGAGCAAGUUCGGUAUUGACAACUCUGGCAAGAACUUGGAUCUCUACUACCCCCAGGCCGAUCCCUCUGGUCUCAUCAACUGCACUGUCGCUCGCAAGCCCAACGCCAAGUUGUAAAUUGCCCCUUUCCAUCUCUUUGAUAUCCUCCGAGAAUGAUCUCUUACAGCACUAAAUGACCGUUGAUUCGGGACAUAGAUAGUUAGCUUGAACCUUUUCCCUGUGACAUUUGCAAUGAUCAUAUAAAAGCGUUGUUUGAAAAAAUUUAUUCCGAUU